AUGACAACGGAAUUCCAACUGCACGAUAACUCAGACGUAACAUCGAGAGUUUUAAUUAAUCGCAACUCUUACUGCCUCCGUUCCGGACGGCCGGGCGCGGACCACAACACUCCACUUUCUGAGCAGGUGGAAUUUCACGCGAGACGCGCUCUUGCGAAACUCGGCGACAAUGAACUUAAACGUCGCGAACUAGACGCAUUCAAUUCCGUCGACGCCAGCAAAAAGAGGCGGGGCAACCUCGAAGGCUUUCUCUCGGGUUUCGAUAUUAGUUCAAAU